AAAUGCGAUGUGUUGCCAUGCCGGACAGUUUUAAUCGAUGGGCUUGUUUAUAAAAUUAAGGAGACCCAUUUAUUGUGGCUACAUAGAUGCGCGUCGUUCGUUGAACGCGAGUGGUUUUCUCUGCAUGCGCCGUCAGCAAGCUUAAAGGUAGAAAGCACGCCCGCUUGAAUGCUCAUUUCAUCUUGCAGGCCUUUGCUUGAAACGAAUGUCGCUCACCAGGAAGCUCCUGCAAUUAUGCCAACGCAUAAGGGUCCCUUAAAUAUGGAUAUCCCUGUUCUCCGCGGGAUGUGCGUUUUAUUGCCCCUUUUCGUUUUUACAGGCCUGGACGAGGAGCGCCCCUUCGAUUCUUCACAGCGCCGAUACCGCCCUCUGGUGCUCGUGCUGCUGCUGCCCAUCUACCUGUGUCCGUUGCUGCUCCAGGAAUCGCAGGCGUGGAAGAGCGUGUACUGCAUGGCGCUGACGUUGUCGCUGCUGCUGAGCAGCGAGUUCCCGAGCAUGGCGGCCGCUUUCCUUCCUCUCGUGCUGGCGCCGCUGCUGGGACUCGCGGACGCCCAAAUGCUCGCCCCGCACUACAUGGACGGCACCGUGCUGAGCCUCGCGUGCGCCCAGUGCCUGGUGGGCGUUCUGGCCAGUGACAGCAACCUCGUCGGGCGCUUCUCGUGCGCCCUGCUCGGCGUGCUGGGCCUGCGGUUCCUGGGCGUGGGCUUCGUGGCUGCCUCGCUGGUCGCCGGCAGCCUGCUGCCCGCCUCGCACCCGGCGCUGCUGCUCGCUGUGCGGCUCGUCGAGCGCGUCGUCGGCGACCUAGAGGCCGACGCACUCGACGCGCAGCGCAGGGGCGACGGCUGGUUCGUCUGCACCCACGCUGCGCCCAGGACGGCGCAGGUUAUGAGUAACGACGACCUGCUCGCCCAGCUGGCCUCCACCGUCGUCUCGCUACCCGCCAAGCGGUCGGUCACUUCUCGCCGGAGGUCCCGCUUCCAUACCAUGCAGGAAGCGAGUCCCGACGAGGCCUCCCAACUGUCGGCCCAGGCCUUCGCGGCACGGCGCCGUCCCUCGACGGUGCGGAGGCGCCUGUCGCGCAUGCUCUCUUUCUCGGGGGCAGCAGGAACGAGGCGCAAGUCCCGCGCAAAAUCCAUCUGCCUGCCGAAACUGCGGCCCGUUGAGGUUCCUCCAGCCUGGUCGGCGCCGCACCGAGCCCCGAUCACGCGCCGGCUGACGGCGCACGAUGCGACCGCGGCAGGACAGCGUCAGAGACGUUCAACUGUUGGCUCCACGUUCGGCAUCGCGGAGGCCGCCUCUGCCGCCCAGAGCCGGCGCACGUCCCAAGCGCUGGGGCGGUUCGUCAAGCCGGCACUUCGGCAGGAAACCGCGACUCCAGGUGCUCCCACGGAGACCGCGGUGGGCGCAGCGCCUACGGACACCGGCAAGUCGGAAGGCGCUACUCCAUUCCGCGUGCGGUCACUCUCCACUGUGGGCCCGGGGAAGAACAUGGAUGCGACAAAGCCCACGAAGAAAAUGACCGUUCUGAACGCCGAUGCGCCAGCUCCGAGGCGAGAGUCGCAAGCGCCGAUCUGGAAGAGCGAGGAACGCCCUGCUCAGCCAACGACGGGCAAGGUAUCGCCGAAGUCUGCGCUGAAGGACGCUCGACGCAAAUCGAUGGCUGCCAAGAAGGCCGCGCUCGUCGAGCCACCGCAGCUUGGUGCCGUCAGCAAAUGUGACGUGCCCUCGGUUUCCCUACGACCGCAGCCGUCGUCAGCGAGCAAGCGGCGCCAGUCUGUCGCUCCGCCCAGGUCGAGCAGCCCAGUGUCUUCGGCAUUCGACAGCAGCAGCUCCGGACCCACGGCACCGAUCAACAAGCGGCUCCGACUGGAAUACAAAGGCGCGUCCACGCUACCACCCGCCCUUCAAGACGCGACGACCACAUCUCAAGGGUCUUCUUAUCAAAAGGAUGCACAACCGGGGUACGCGCCACAGCCAACGGAUGAGCAAGCUACCAUGCGUAUGGCAUUGCAAUUUGUUCCGGAGGUGCUCGCCCUGGAGGAUGAUCUCUUGAAGAAGCCGUCAAUACUGAAGCCUGUCAGGGUUACUAUCAGCAGGGCAUCAAUGACGCCUGACAGUGACGAUGGUGCUGCCAAAGAGGCCAUGGCAACUUGAGUUUUGAAGAGGAGGAGGAAGCCGACAGGAUUAGAGGUAUGUUCAAGCGGCUCAAGAACACCCUGCUGUUAGCCGUGUGCUUCAACUCGGUCUUCGGGGGCAUCUCCAACUUCCUGCUGGGCCCAGCCACGGCUUCUCUCCUGGCGAACCUUCAGAAUUCGGACGCUGACGAGCAAGUGAACUCGCUGCAGUGGUGCCUGGUGAACUUCCCGGCGGCGCUGGCUGCUUCGGCCUGCUCCUUCUUCUACGUCAGCUACACAGGCCUGUUCAGCUGGGAGGGUGAAGCCAUCAAGCGAGCCGAGCAAGAUGCCAGGCAGAAGGUCGCCGAAAGAAGGAAGAGGCACGGCAAGUGCAGGUACG